GUGGUACUAAAUUUAAGUUAUACAUUUCAAAUAUGGAAUUGUAGUUAAAAAUGAACGUAUUAUCAAACAUCAAGAAAAUAACAUUAUUCGUGACUCAAUAGGUUAUAUUGAAAGUUUUAAUUUCAAAAUGUAUUAAGUAUCAGAUUUUUUAGAUUUUACUUACCUACUUAUAACAGGCAGGGCAAGCUGGGCAAGCAGGGACAACAAAUGGCAAUGGACUCUUUAUUGCGAGAAGAGCUGCCAAAAAUUGUGAGCAUUGGUGCGUUCGGGAAAAAUAUUAAAUAUGUCUCAUUUGAUUUGGACAAAGAUCACGUAGGACAAGAUCACUACAUGUCCACAGUAUUAUUUGGUACCUUGACCACAUCUGACGAAUCAAAAUAUCAUGUUGUGAUCAAGCUAAAACUUCGCGAUGAGAAAUUGAGAGUUCAGUUCAAAAUCGACAUUCAAUUCCAAAACGAAAUUACUAUGUAUGACAGAGUUAUACCAUUCUUAUUUGAAUGCCAUCGCUCUAUGGAAGCUGAAGUUGGAGACUGUCCUACAUUAGCUCGAUUUUUCUUCGGUCGUAAUAAAUGCGGCGAAUUUGCUGAAAAAGAUUUAAUAGUAUUGGAGAACGUCACUCCUUCGGGGUUUCGAUUGAGCGAUGCACGACCAUUUCUGGACUUUAAUCACAUCGUAAUUGCUUUUCAAGCAGUAGCCAAGUUUCAUGGGUUGUCAUACACUGCGAAAUACAAAGACCCUGACCGCUUACAAGAAUUUGUUAAGGAUCUCCAUGACAUACAGUUUGACGAGGAAGGGAAGUGGAUAAUGAAUAAUAACGCAUUAAGCAGAUUCGGUAAGCGAGGAAUCGACCAACUGCUUGAACGUAGCGGUGAUCUUUAUCGAGACAACGAGCAAUUGCGAAAAUUUAACGUGAUCAUCGGCGACGGAAACAAGUGGCUGAGACACGCACGGGUUCCCCGAGAACCGUUUUCCGUCGUGUGCCAUGGCGACUUCAACCGGAACAAUAUGCUGUUCCGGUACGACGGGGAGGGACUUCCGGUCGAUGUGUUGCUGUUUGAUUUCGGGACUCCUCGUUAUGGUUCGCCGGCGUUAGAUCUGUCGUUUUUCUUGUACAUGAACACGACGCAAAGUUUGCGUGAAAGUCGGUGGGACGACUUACUGAACGUGUACUGUUUGGCGUUAGCUGACGCUGUACCGCCCGGUGUCCGCGUGCCAAACAGGGCUGAACUGGACUUUGAAAUGGCCAAAUGUGCUUAUUAUGGAUUUGCACACGCAUCUUUUUUCUUAAACCAUCAGUUAGAAAGGAAUUUCAUCGAUAAUGUGGAUAUGGACGAUGAAGAAACUUUGGAGUGGUUUUUACAGCUGGGCGGCGGCAAAGGGUCGGAUAUAGUUGCCGACAUGGUACAACACAUCGUCGACAUGGAAUACAUGAACCUGUGAUUUCCGUUUGUUUUAUUGUUUGGUAAAGAUAUAACUUUGAUCAGAUAUUGUGUUAAUAUAUAUUUUUAUUAUAUGUUUGCAUUAUUAUAUUGAGUUAAAGGUAUUAUAUAACUAACAAUAAAUAAUACAUCAUACAUCAUUUAUCUUGUUUUGCAAAGUGAAUUAAAAUAAAUUAACAUAAAUUUUACUGUAAAUGUAUUAUUAUAUUAAAGAACACGAUAAAAUAGAUUAUAAUUAUUAGUUUCGACUGCCAAGAAAUUACUGCAGAUAAUGUUAUUUUAAAGGUGUAUUCCAAUUGGCAAUUACUAUGAGUAUGUAUAUUGAACAGUGAGUAAAUAUUAUUUACAUCAUAACGAAAUAAAACAUGAGUAGAUUCUAUAUGAGGUACAAGCACGAUUGAUACACAUAUAAUGGGCUAUCAAAUUUUUAUGUUUUGUGGUAAUAUCCUUACAUGAAACGAAAAACUAGAUGUUUCUAUCACUUAUUAUUCAAAUCACUGGAAAAAUAAAAAAACA